CCUGUCUUCUUCCUCCGUGUAACAGUAGCGCAGCAAUGGCGUCCUGUAGUGAGGAGUCUGCUACAGCCCCUGAAGAGGAACAGACUGAAACACUUGCAUCCCAGAAAAGAGAAGCGAGACUUCGGAAAUUUAGAGAGUUGCAUUUCAAACGGAAUGAAGCCCGUAAGCUUAAUCACCAGGAGGUCGUGGAGGAGGACAAGAGACUGAAACUCCCUGCUAACUGGGAGGCUAAGAAAGCCAGACUGGAGUGGGAGCUUGCUGAAGAUGAAAAGAAAAAGGAAUGUGCAGCCAGAGGGGAGGACUAUCACAGAGUCAAACUGCUUGAAAUCACUGCUGAUGAUGCAGAGCGGUGGGAGAGGAAGAAGAAGAAGAAGAAUCCAGACACAGGAUUUGCAGGUUACGCCGAGGCCCAAUUUCGACAGUACCAGAGGCUCACCAAGCAAAUCAGACCAGACAUGGAAAGCUAUGAGAAGCAGAGGGAAGAAUGUGGUGAGGACUUCCACCCCACCUCCAAUAGCCUGAUCCACGGCACCCAUGUCCCCUCUAAGGAGGGCAUUGACCGCAUGGUGGAAGACGUUGAAAAACAGAUAGAGAAGCGGGCCAAGUACAGCCGACGCAGAGCCUACAACGACGAUGCAGACAUCGACUACAUCAACGAGAGGAACGCCAAGUUCAACAAGAAGGCAGAGCGUUUCUACGGCAAAUACACAGCAGAGAUCAAACAGAACUUGGAGAGAGGCACAGCUGUCUAGUAGGUCCAGUCACAGUUUUGUCUUCAUUAAGGAGACUUUGGUGCAUCUUGUUCUUGUCAAGACUUGCUGCAUACAUAGAAUACAAAUGCUAAAAUGGACUCUGUAAUUUGAGGGUGUUGUGUAACAUUUUUAUAUCAUGCUGAGGUUAUUUUGAGCUGAAAGAUGAUUCAGUUAUCUGUAAAAUACAUGAUGUGUGGUGUUCCUUUGUACAGUAUUAGAAGUUAAAACAACUGUUAUGAUUAUCGCGUCCUUUAUUUUUAAAUAAACCACUUCCAGUUAUCUUA